AUGCUUUUACUUAGUUUUCUUAGUAAUACCAUACUAUUGUGGCAGUCUAUUGCUCGAAUUAUUGGAAUGCGACACCAUGUUCAUGGGAUAGGAAAUCGCAUUCGAGACAGACCCUGUGUCUUGGUCGUCAACCACCAAAGCGCCCUGGACAUUCCAGGUACUUUGUCUUUCCUUAACUCCUUCAGCUCUUAUACCCCUAUUCUUAUUGAUCGUUCAAAUCGUGAUGGAAGUAUACACAAGCUGAAAGACCUCGCAAAAAUCAUUCAGAACGAAAAAGUAUCAGUAAUUAUUUUUCCAGAAGGUACGCGAGGAGAUGGAAAAAGUGGCCUGCUUCCCUUCAAAAAGGGCGCAUUCCACCUCGCCAUCGAAGCUCAAGUUCGUUGGACAUUCCUCCGUUUACAUUUAUUUGUCUAUCUAGCGCCAUUACCAAAUUUCAACACACAAAUAGGUGUUUGUGAUAUUUUUGUAUUGCCUUCUGUUUCCACAUCCGGUUUGACGGCUUCGGACGCAAAUAGUCUUGCCGAUCGGGUCCGAAAGGAUAUGUCUAAUGUUUACCUAUCUUCCCUAUCCCGGGAAUUUGACGAAGCCUCUUCUUAG